AUGAAGGUCACCAGUGCCUCAGCUUUCUCUCUUCUGCUUGCUCUGGCUCAAUCCGCUGCCAUUGAGCGUCGCCAGCAAGGCGAUGGCCCAGGCGGAUCCGCAGAUGCGACGCAAGGCGACCUUGGUGAACGGCCACCACCGCGGUUCCCCUUUCCCGUUACCAAGUUCCCGGUUCCGAAUGAGACUGUAGUUCUCAAGGAAGCAAUGUACAUCCUUCCUGGGCAGGUCUUUGACGGAGAGGGCACGGAUGCCGACGCGGUCUUCAAUCUUCUGCCGGGUUCGACAAUCCGCAACGUCAUUAUUGGCAAACACCAGGCUGAGGGUAUCCAUGCAUUGGGCGACGCAUGGGUCGAGAAUGUGUGGUGGGAGGAUGUUUGUGAGGAUGCACUCACCUCGAAGGGCUUGAACACCCAACUUAGAGUGAUUGGUGGCGGUGCUCGCAAUGCCACUGACAAGAUCUUCCAAGAUAAUUCUCUUGGCGGGAAGUACAACAUCACCGGCUUCUAUGCCGAUGGUUUCGGAACUUUCUAUCAAUCCUGCGGUAACUGCUUGAACCAGUCAAAGCGAAAUGCCACUAUCCAGAAUGUGAUUGCACUUAAUGGCAAUAGAAUGGGCAUCAUCAACCCCAACUACGGUGACGAGAUCCGCAUCAAGAACACUCAGCUGAAAGACUUGAAGGUGAUGGUCGACAAAGAGAUCGCAAACAACAUGCAAACCGUUCCAAUCACGGUUGGCACCGGCCCAGACCAGAAGUACGCCCUGUACAACGAGACGAGAGAUGCUAUCACCGAGUGGGAGGGAACUGUGGAGAACGCAUACGAGCCCGAGGAGCCAUACGAGUGGCUUGAGGCUUAUUGGCCGGAUGGAUUCAACUGA